AUGGGUCCGUGCGUCAAAUACUUUGUUCCCGGGAUAUGUCGCUAUCCUGGCAGCCCGAUCAGAGCCUUCCCCGCCUCUACCCCAGCGGCGAACUCCAUACUGUUUUUUGGGCUAAGCGCAGAAACUCCAUAAUUUUAUUUUGCUAAGCUCUGUACUCCAUACUUGCGCUAUUCAUCUCUGCAACUCUCUCCGUUGGACGGCCACAAAACCCUCGCCCAGCUUCAUUCCAGGUGCGUGCGUCCUCUAGGGCUCGAUUUAUCUCUCUAGGGCUCGUAUCUCGGCAUUCGGAUUGGAACACAGAUCUAAAGCAGAUUGUCUGUUAUUUCAGCUGCCAGCCCUAAUCAGUCUCAUAAACAUUGUAAUGGACCCUUCAAUCAUGAAGCUCCUUGAAGAGGAUGAGGACGAAACUAUGCAUUCUGGCGCAGAUGUUGAGGCCUUCACAGCUGCACUGAAUAGGGACAUAGAAGGAGAUAAUUCUUCAUCGCAGCUCCCUGAUUCUGAUGGUGCCGUUCUGUCUCAAGGAAGCAAUCACACUUCCAGUCAGUUGUUUUCGCAGUGGCAAACUUCUAGCCAAGAUGAAAGCACUAACUCUCAAAAUCCGCAUGAUCUGAAAAACCUACAACCGCAAGAGCAAUCUGCACCUGAAAUGGAUCCAAAGCAACUUGAGUCUGGAGCUGAGAAUCAACAGCAACAGAUUGAGUCCUCACAAGAACUCAACCGCCUUCCAGUGCAGCAGAAACAAUCCCAAGAUGAUCGUCAGGAACAGCACACAGAACAAGUUACCUGUCAGUAUUCUCAAUCAACUGGGGUGCAGAUCUCUGAAAAGAAUUCAAUGCAGUCAACAACUGGAAUGCAACAGAAACAAUCCCAAGAUAAUUGUCAACAACGGCAAGAACAAAAGCCAGUUCAAUUUUCUCAAGCAACAGGGAUGCAGAUUUCAGAAAAGAAUCCUGUCUUGAUACGAGAGCCAAGCAGAAUUUAUAAUUCGGAUACUGAAUCUCAAUACUCAAAAUUUCCGAAGAUGAAUAAUCAACUGGCUACAUCAGCAGCGCAGGCAAGCAACCUAAUGAAUCGUAGUAGCAAACAAGUACCAUUUGCCUUGUUGCUUCCUGUUAUACUACCCCAACUUGAUAAAGAUAGAGCCAUGCAACUUCAAACUCUUUAUGCUAAACUGAAGAAAAAUGAAAUUCCCAAAGAUGGAUUUGUCAGGCAUAUGAGAGGUAUUGUGGGGGACCAGAUGCUUAAGAUGGCAGUAUCGAAACUACAAGGGCAGUCCCGACCCACUAAUUACCAGUUGCAGCCACAACCUUCAGCACAGCAACAACAUCUGAAAAUGUCAUCUAGUAGUGCCCAACAGUUCACUGAUCCUCAUUCAUUUGCACAACCUAAUCAGAAGGGGCAUGGCUCUCCUGCUGAUGCAUCUCAUAUUGCCUCUUCAGCAGCUCAAAUGCAGGCUGAUUCAAGCAAUAACAAUGCGGAAAAUAGUGCUAAAAAAUCUCGAGAAAUGGAACAUCGAUCAGAUUCUCAAGGAAUGCAAGCCAGCCAAGUGUCUUCUUCCAGUUUAAGCGCCGUCAGUCAAGAAAGGGAGCGCUCCACAAUUCCAAUACAAGGGCUCAAUAAGCAGCAGCAGCAGCAUUUGCAUUUUUCACAAACAUCAUUUUCGAUGUUCGGAAGUGCUGGUGCUAAUUAUCGCCCAUACUCUGGAGCAAAUGGCAAUCAUCCAGUAUCAUCUCUCAAGCCACAAUCUCAUGAUUCACAAAUAAGGCAACUUCCACUUAAUCAAAAUAUGGGCCCAACACCGCUAGGAGGGGCAACCCAGGGCAUGGCUGUCACAAGUGUGCCCAAGUUUGAGAGGCAAAACUCUAUUACUGAUCCCAAGAGAGUGCAAGGUGGAUCUCUUACACAUUUAACAAACAAUUCCACAUUACAACAGAAUUCUGUUCCUUGGCGACCAUCAACAUGUGCAGAUCAGAAUAGUGGUCCUUUCUCAACAAUGGCUUAUGUCAAGCAGGAACCAGUUGAACAGGCUAAUGAGCAGCAGCAGAAAUCCCAGUUGUCUGUUUCACAAGGGCCAUCUUCCUUUUCUGCAGUACAGGUUGAACAGGGAAAUGUAAUUGCAGGAACUUUGAGGGAUGAAUCUUUAGAAAAGCACUCUUCUAGAAUGGAUUUCUCAUCAUCUACGAGUAUGAUGCCCUCAAGUUCAGUUUCAACUUCCAUGACUUCUCAAGUGGAACCUAAUGUCCCGUUAAACCCUCGAGUUGUGCCCACGACCUCUCCAGCAGGAAUUAACACAAGGACGCCUCCCAAAAAGCCUUCCAUUGGCCAGAAAAAGCCACUUGAAGCACUUGGUUCAUCACCACCUCUGUCAAGUAAAAAGCAAAAAGUAUCCGGGGCCUUUUCAGAUCAAAGCAUUGAACAACUCAAUGAUGUCACAGCUGUCAGUGGAGUUAAUCUCAGGGAAGAAGAAGAACAGCUUUUGUCCGGGCCCAAGGAGGACAGUCGAGCUUCAGAAGCAUCGCGGAAGGUUGUGCAAGAAGAAGAAGAAAGACUGAUUUUGCAGAGAAUUCCCCUUAAGAAAAAAUUGGCACAAAUCAUGGCCAGAUGUGGUGUAAUGAGCGUAAGCAAUGAUGCAGAGCGUUGCUUGUCACUGUGUGUGGAGGAAAGACUGCGUGGAUUAAUAAGUAAUUUAAUCAGACUGUCUAAACAGCGUGUUGACUCUGAGAAACCAAGACACCGGACUUUUAUUACCUCAGAUGUUCGGCAACAGAUUUUAUUAAUGAACCGAAAAUCAAGGGAAGAAUGGGAAAAAAAACAGGCAGAAGCAGAAAAACUCCGAAAACUCAAUGAACCCGAUGAUAGCACUGGAGCAGAUGGUGAUAAGGAGAAAGAUGAAGGUCGUGUAAAAUCAAUAAAGCCGAACAAAGAGGAGGAUGACAAAAUGCGGACAACAGCAGCAAAUGUUGCAGCCCGGGCUGCUGUUGGAGGAGAUGACAUGCUGUCAAAAUGGCAGCUAAUGGCUGAGCAAGCCCGGCAGAAACGCGAAGGAGGAAUUGAUGCAGCAUCUGGUUCUCAGGCAGGUAAAGAUUUAAGCCACAAGCCUUUGUCAACUGCAGGGAGAAAUGCAAGUGACAAUCAAGAAGCUGAAAAGAGGGGCCUCUCAUCUGUUGUUGGGGCUGGUAGAAAACUUGGAAGGAACCAGCCUGGUACAACUCAAACUAGAGUGGCUCGAAGCAUCUCUGUGAAGGAUGUGAUUGCUGCUCUUGAAAGGGAACCCCAAAUGUCUAAGUCUACUCUAAUGUAUCGCUUAUAUGAGAAAGCUCAUGCAGAUGCUGCGGCUGAAUGAUAAAGUGAAAUGCUGCAGAAACAGGAUUGUUGUUUACCCUCAUUCCCGGGCAUGCCACUUUAAAUGAAACAUGUGCUCUCAUUAGUUCAGUUUUCUUUUCUUUAAUGUUUUCUAUUUAGAUGGGAACUACACGCAAAAUUUGGGAAAACUGUAAGGAACAAGAUCAUCAUGCCUUGGAAGAGUAUAAUAGCUUGUAUUUUUGUUGAGCUUUCUUGUAAAGGGAACCCUAGAUGUCCAGUUCUACUUUGUGCAAGCAAGCUCUUGCUCUAUGGCUGAAUAAUGUGAGGUGAAAUAGGAUGCCAGCAACACUCUUGCUUUAGCCUUUAGAUGCCUUGCCAGUCUUGCUGUCGAUCCAUCCUAGUCUCUGAUGGAAUGCACUGUAUAUUCUCUUAUUCAAUUGUGUGAGAGUUGGCUGGUUUGCUCGAAAUAGUUGUAUAAUUCGGGUUUGGUAAUUAGUAUCCGAAUCUGAACGUCAUUCUUAUUAACCUAUCAGUAGUAAUUUAUUUUUUACUAAUUUUUUAGGCUUCAAGUCUGAUUUGUAUAGUGAUGACAUACUCUCUGCGUUAAUGAAGUAAAGAUUGUGUUGUACAA